GGGUGGACCUCGGCGGCUGCGGACCCUGGCGGGCGGCGGCCAUGGGCUCGGGGGCCGUGGAGAGCUUCGUGACCAGGCAGCUGGACCUGCUGGAGCUCGAGAGGGACGCGGAGGUGGAGGAGCGCAGGUCCUGGCAGGAAAACAUCUCUCUGAAAGAACUCCAGAGCCGAGGCGUCUGUCUGCUGAAGCUGCAGGUGUCCAGCCAGCGGACUGGGCUGUACGGACGGCUCUUGGUCACCUUUGAGCCCAGGAGAUGUGCGUCUUCGGCUGUGCUGCCCAGUAACAGCUUCACCUCCGGUGAUAUAGUGGGUCUGUAUGAUGCUGCUAACGAAGGCAGCCAGCUGGCCACCGGGAUCCUGACCCGGAUCACCCAGAAGUCGGUCUCGGUGGCCUUCGACGAGUCCCAUGACUUCCAGUUGAGCUUGGACCGAGAGAAUUCCUACAGACUCUUAAAACUUGCUAACGACGUCACGUAUAAGCGACUGAAGAAAGCUCUGAUUACCCUCAAGAAGUACCAUUCUGGCCCAGCAUCCUUGCUCAUAGAGGUCCUCUUCAGCGAGUCAGCCCCCAGUCCUGCCAGUGAAAUACGCGUCUUCGCCCAUCCUUACAGCUGUGUGCUUACCCUUAACACUCCCACUUGUACACGCUCCGCUUGCCUCUCUGUACCUGUGCUGUGCUGCGCGCCCUCUAACAUCGCCGUGGACAAUCUGGUGGAGCGUCUGGCUCAGUGCAAGCAAAGGAUCCUGCGCCUCGGGCACCCUGCCCGGCUUCUGGAGUCCAUUCAGCAGCAUUCCCUGGAUGCGGUGUUAGCUCGGAGUGACAACGCCCAGAUCGUUGCCGAUAUCAGGAAGGACAUCGAUCAGGUCUUUGUAAAAAACAAAAAGACCCAGGAUAAGCGAGAGAAAAGUAAUUUUCGAAAUGAAAUCAAGCUGUUAAGGAAAGAACUGAAGGAGCGAGAGGAAGCGGCUAUGCUGGAGAGCCUCACGUCGGCAGACGUGGUCCUCGCAACAAAUACAGGUGCUUCUUCCGACGGCCCUCUGAAGUUGCUGCCCGACAGCUACUUUGAUGUGAUGGUCAUCGAUGAGUGUGCCCAGGCCCUCGAAGCCAGCUGCUGGAUCCCCCUGCUGAAGGCCAGAAAGUGCAUCCUGGCCGGAGAUCACAAACAGCUGCCCCCCACCACCGUCUCUCACAAGGCCGCGCAGGCUGGGCUGGCGCUCAGCCUGAUGGAGCGCCUGGACCGGGAGUACGGCGCCAGGGUGGUGCGUACGCUGACCGUGCAGUACCGCAUGCACCAGGCCAUCAUGCAGUGGGCCUCGGAGGCCCUGUACCGCGGGCAGCUCACGGCACACCCUUCCGUGGCUGGGCACCUGCUGCGGGAUCUCCCGGGCGUGGCUGCCACAGAGGAGACGGGCAUUCCCCUGCUGCUGGUGGACACGGCCGGCUGCGGGCUCUUUGAGCUGGAAGAGGAGGAUGACCAGUCUAAAGGGAACCCUGGUGAAGUGCGCCUCGUCACUCUGCACAUCCAGGCUCUGGUGGAUGCUGGCGUCCAAGCACGUGACAUUGCUGUCAUCACACCGUACAACCUCCAGGUGGACCUGCUCAGACAGAGCCUCGCUCACAGGCACCCCGAGCUGGAGAUUAAGUCCGUCGAUGGCUUCCAAGGCCGGGAGAAGGAAGCCGUGAUAUUGUCCUUCGUCAGAUCCAAUAGGAAGGGUGAAGUUGGUUUCCUUGCCGAGGACCGGCGCAUCAAUGUCGCCGUCACCCGCGCUCGGCGGCACGUGGCGGUCGUCUGCGAUUCUCGCACGGUCAACAACCAUACCUUCUUGAAGACCCUGGUGGAUUACUUCACGCAGCACGGGGAAGUGCGCACGGCCUUUGAGUAUCUGGAUGACAUCGUCCCUGAGAACUAUUCCCACGAGAGCUCCCAGGGCCCUGGCCACUCUGGUGCAAAGCCCCAGGGCUCUGCCGCCUCUGCUGGGAAGGCUCCCGGAAGCAGGCAGCAGGAGGGAGCCCGGGGGGCCAGGACAGCUGCGAAGCUGGAUGGGAAGAAGCCGGGCGGGAAGCCUUUGGGCCAGCCCAGCCUCAACGGAGGCAGCCCCGAGGGAGCGGGGAGCAGAGACAGCGCAGACCACUUCAGGGCCGUGAUCGCCGAGUUUGUGGCGAGUGAGAAAACACAGCUGGAGUUUCCUGCUUCCCUGAACUCACACGACAGGAUGCGGGUCCACCAGAUAGCCGAGGAGCAUGGGCUGAGGCAUGACAGCGCUGGGGAGGGGAAGCAGAGGUUCAUAACCGUGAGCAAGAGGGUUCCGCCGGCCCCACCACCUCCACCAGGGGCCGGCAGCAAAGCACCUCUUGGUCCCGCACAGAUGGAGCCCCCAGUCCAGAAGCAAAGCGGCCGGGAGCAGCUGGAUCUGAAGGCGCUGCACCUGGAGAGACUGCAGAGGGAGAGGAGCAGGCAGGAGCGGCAGGCCAAGGAGGGGCAGCAGGCCACAAGCUCAGGGCUGCGGAAGUUGCCAGAAAAGAAGAAGAAGAAAGAUGCAAAAGGACAUGCGGCCGUAGAUCUGCCCACCGAGGAAGACUUUGAUGCCCUGGUCUCGGCUGCCAUUAAGGCUGAUAACACCUGUGGGCUUGCUAAGUGCACAGCCAGCGUGGUGACCCUAGGCCAGCUCUGCCUGCACUGCGGCCGCCGGUACUGCCUCAGCCACCACCUGCCCGAGAUCCAUGGCUGCGGGGAGCGGGCUCGAGCCCACGCCCGGCAGAGAAUCAGCCGGGAAGGAGUCCUCUACGCCGGCGGCGGGACCAAGGCCGGGGCCCUGGACCCAGCCAAGAGGGCCCAGCUGCAGAGGAGGCUGGAUAAGAAGCUGGACGAGCUGACCAGCCAGAGGAAGAGCAAGAGGCAGGAGAGGGAAAAGUGACGGGCGGGUCCUCCCAGCACGCGGCUGCCAGAGCUCCUGUCUGUGAGGAGGCGGCUGAGGGGCGAGAAGGACGGCCCCCCGGCGCUCUCCGUUCCUUGUGGCUGC